AUGACCACCUUCGAAGAACUCUGCCACAAAGUAUACUGCGCUGCUAAUAUAACCAACAUCAUUCAGGGCACAUCAUCACGAACACCAAAUCAAGAAAAUCGUCAACAGAGGACACCACCAUGGAGGGCACAAAUAGAAAGAAGAAUAACAACUCUUCGAAAAGAAAUAGGCGUCCUUCACACCUAUCUGGUUAACCGAAAGUUGGGUAAAAAAGUCGAGAAGAAAGUGUGGGCAUACGCCCGAAAGUUAAAGAUUAAAAAAGACAGAGAAUACCAUCAACACCUGAGAACUCAAAGGUAUCAAGAAAACAACCUCUUCAAAAAUAACCAGCGAGGAUUUUUCAGGCGACUUUCGGGCGGACAUGGUAACCAACAAGCUGCUUCGCCUGACACGCACAAGAUGCAGCAAUACUGGUCGGACACCUGGACACAGGAAGGGAGCCACAACACCGAGGCUACAUGGAUAGAGGCGGAAAAAAGUGUACAUCUUGACCUUACAGAAAUGACUGAGAUUACUAUAACUGAAGAAGACGUGAAGGCAACAGUCAGGAGACUCAAGAACUGGUCAGCAGCUGGUGUGGAUGGAAUCCACAAUUUCUGGUGGAAGUCACUAACAGCGACCCAUAAAGUGCUGGCUCGGCUUAUCAAAGGAGCAAUAAAAGACCCAACGACAAUUCCUUUUUAUUUUACACUUGGCACGACACUCAUGAUACCCAAGAAAGGAGAUCUAACGAAUCCGAAAAACUACAGACCCAUUACCUGUCUACCUGCGAUUUACAAGAUACUCACAUCGACCAUUGGCCACAAGAUUAACACCCACAUUAAAACUAACAACAUAAUGUCCUGGGAACAAAAUGGAUGUAAAAGUAAGGCUCGAGGAAGCAAAGAACUACUAGUAAUCGAUAAUACUGUCACUAAGCAGGCGAAGAAAAGGCUGAAGAACAUCUCAGUAGCGUGGAUCGACUACCAAAAAGCGUUCGAUUCGGUUCCACACUCAUGGCUGCUCGAAAUACUCAAAAUCUAUGAGGUCCAUCCUGAGGUAAUACAACUGCUGAAGUGCCUGAUGUCAACAUGGCGCACUUCGCUAACAUGGAGAGACAAAUCAACCUCCUACAGGACCUCAGAAAUAAGAUAG